AUGUCGCAGACAAGUUUUGCUGUCCUUGUAGCGCUGUGGCUGUCGGUCUCCAAUCUAGAUUAUGCAGAAACCAGAAAAGUUUCCAAAGAUGUCUCGACUGAUUGUACUAAUUGCACAUUAUGCCAAUAUCCAUGCCAACCUCAAGUUCCACCACCUGCCCCACCAGUUCCAGAACAUCCAUUAUAUGGGACUCCACCUCCUCCACUUCCUGGCUACCUUUCACCGCCAUCUCAGGCCAAUUGUCCACCAGUUCCAGUUCAGUGCGGCCAGCAACCCCCUCCCUAUGCUUAUGGAUAUCAACCCCCUCCCUAUCCUUAUGGGUAUCAACCUCAAGACAACUAUUCUAUAUCACUCCUCACCCAGAUUGUAGUGGGUGCUAAUUUGUUGGGUUUGAGUGAAGGGUUGGUUUUAGCUGAGAAAGCUGGUUUGGAUGCGAGGAAUUUUGUGGAUUCAGUGAGGACAGGGGCGACGGGGUGA